AUGAAUAAAUAAAAACAUUUAAACAAUUUCCAAUACACUACCUCUCAAAUAUUAUAAUCAACCACUCUUUCAUCACCUUCAAAAACCAAACCAUUCAUAAUUCCACGCUCUUAAAAAUCAUGUUCGUCUCUCAUUUCUUCCUUGCUAGCUAGUAUUCAUAUUCUUCAUCUCUCUCACCUUCUCUAGCUUUUUCUAUGGCUAAAACCAAAUCUUCAAAAUCCAAAACCUGUACUUUUUUCCUAUGCUGCUUUCGAUCAAAUGAUUCUUCAAACGAUAAAGUGUCUAAUCCUAUUCCUAAGAAAAAGAAAACUAGCUGGUUUUCAUGGAGAUGGAUUCGAAUCAAAACAAAGUCAACAUACAAAACAGUGCCACUUGAAGCCUCAUUUACAGAUGUUAAGACCUAUUCAAAGGCUCGGUCAAAGUCAUCAUCAACUCUUCAUCAUAAAUCUAAAAUUCCACUCACCGAUUCUCCACCGUUAGCUCCGCCGUCUACGGUGCUUCCGACCACCCCCUAUCAUUCACCUACACAGACAAGGCAUGGUCCAAGAAACAACGCUAUAACAGAAGACACGCGUGAACAAGGUAGAUCAACUCCAACACGACCAAAACGACAAGAGCGGAGGCUGUCGUUGGCAACGCAGAACCAAACGACAACAAAGAACCGCCAAAACGCGGGGGGUUGGUACGAUCCUAUAGUUGGAAUGUCCGUACUCGUUGUGACAUUAGUUAUAAUGGUAUUUUGGGGUCGUUUUUGUGCCAUUCUUUGUACUUCUGCGUGGUUGUAUUUUAUACCUCGUUUUAGAAAGAGGGGUGUUGUAAAUGUAAACGACGAGGAAGAAGCGAAAACGAAGUUGAAAACCGAUGUGGAUUUGGAUUUGGAUUCUGAGGAGUAUAAGAAAAGAGUGAUUAUGGAAGGACUUCUUGGGAGAAAUAACAGAGGUAAUAACAAUUGAUGUGAAGAUUCUUUUGUUAUUCUAAAAAUAAGAAAGAAGAAAAAGAAUCUUGUGAUUUUGUUUAAGGUGGUAGGCCAGUAGGUGUUUUUUUUUGUAGAUCACGUCGUCUAUUAGUGGCUGCUUGAAAUUUUGUCUAAAUUAGUAUAUACUAUUAUAUAUAUGACAGAAGAAAUUGUAAAUUAAGGAAUUUAUGUUAGAAUCAAAUGUUUUGGUUAGACUUCGUAUACGUUCAAGUUGAAUUGUAUAUAUUUAGGAUUAACAAAAAAAAAAUUGAAAGGAAAAAAAAUACUCCUAUUAGCCAUCAUGGCAAGGGAGACAAAACCACAAAUUGUGUCAAUACCAAAUUUAAGGAGUUAAAUUUUGAUA